AUGGGAAAGUAUCUUUGGCGCCAUUUAGAAACAUAUUUUGGUAUUAUUAGUUUAGAGCGCACUUUCUUUUUUUUCUUUUCUUUUUUCUUUUCUUUCUUUCUUUCAUUUUUUUCAUUCUUUCUUUCUUUCUUUCUUCGCCACACCUUUAUUUCCUUUUGUAAACUUUCUCACAAACUUACCACUUAUCUGUUCAUAUCUAUCUAUCUAUCUAUCUAUCUAUCUAUCUAUAUAUAUAUAUAUAUCGAUCUCUGUAUUUAUAUAUAUCUCAUUCUUUUAUAUCUAUCUAUCUAUCUAUCUAUCUAUCUCAUUCUCUUCAUAUCAAUCCAUCUAUAUAUCUAUCUCUGUAUUUAUAUAUAUCUCAUUCUUUUCUAUCUAUCUAUCUAUCUAUCUAUCUAUCUAUCUAUCUAUCUAUCUAUCUAUUUUGCAUCCGUUCAUAUCAGAUAUUAUGCAAGACAAUCCUUCAUAAUAAACUUCGAGAUUAAGCAACCGAUGUUGGCAUCUGUCGAUUAUAAACAUUGCAUUCUUUUUCGCCAUCUAUCUAUGACUCUGCUCAUAUCAAUCUACCUAUCAAUGUGUAUGCUCAUAUCUAUCUAUCUAUCUAUCUAUCUAUCUAUCUAUCUAUCUAUCUAUCUCUCUCUCUAUAUAUAUAUAUAUAUAUAUAUAUAUAUAAAUAUUCGAGUUCAAUAUUUUGAUGAUAUUCAACAACUUCGACGUCCAUUUUGUUUUUUUAUAUCUAUUUCAAUCUAUUCCUAUACAUCUCAGUCUUUUCAGAUCUAUCUAUCUAUCUAUCUAUCUGUCUAUCUAUCUAUCUAUCUAUCUAUCUAUCUAUCUAUCUAUCUAUCUAUAUAG